AUGAAUUAUGUAAAAUUUUAGGAUGUUGUAGAUGAUGGAAUUGAACCUGAUAAUCAUUCAUCAAAAAUAGAUUUACAAGAACUUUAAUUAAUAAUUGAUUUAACUUAACUAGAAGGAUUUAACAUAUUUCAAUCUAUAUAUGCCAUACAUUUUAAAGGAUUUAGUAGAAUUUAAGAUGCUGCAAUAUAUCUAUAACAUGAUGAAACACAUAGAUAUGUUUAAUAGAAUAAUAAUUAAUGUGGAGUUUGCAAUAAAUCUUAGUAGUUUCAUGUAAUGAUUGAUGAAAAUAGUGAGAAAUUAGUUGCAAAAACAAACAGAAUAAUAGAUAUAAUAUAAGAAAAUUAAUAAUGCUGUGUUUGUUAUUUGAUAUAUUUGGAUAAAGAUUUAGUUCAUCUAAAUUCAGAAAAACACUUGAUUUGCUUAAAUUGCUUUUACAAUUAUUUAAGACAAUCAAUAGAUGAUAGGAAAAUAAAUAAUAUUAGAUGUCCUCAUUGUGAUAUUCCAAUCAGAGAUAUUGAUGUAUUGGAACAUUCACAAGAACUUUAUACAAAAUAUAUUAAGUGUCAUUAAAACUUAGAAAUUGCUAUGAAUCCUAAUAAAGCAUGGUGUCCAACUAUAAAUUGCAAUAAUGUUAUAGAAUUCAAAUAAUAAUCAACUAUUUCAACUUGUGCUUAUUGUAAAGUUGAAGUUUGUAAAUUAUGUAAACAAAGAUCACAUCCACUACAAACUUGUGAAGAAAACUUAUAAUAAGUUUUAAAUGAAUGGUAAGAAAAUAGAGAUACACAAUAGUGUCCAAGAUGUAAAAUAAUUGUUGAGAAGAUUAAUGGUUGUAAUCAUAUGACUUGUUAAUUUUGUUAACAUGAAUGGUGUUGGAUUUGUGGAAGUGAUUAUACAUCAAUUCAUUAUGCAAUUUUCAAUCCUUUUGGUUGUCCUGCCUUGAUGCCAGGUUGGAUUCGAUAAAAAGAUUGGUCUUAUGUUAAGUUAAUUAUAUGGAGAUUUAUUUGCUUUAUACUUUUAAUUAUAUUCACUCCUAUGUUUGUAUUAGUAAUUGCUCCUUUGUUUUGUAUAGCCAAACUAAAAUAAACAAGUUUUUACAGAGAUAAAAACUGUUGGAUAUAGGCAUGCUUGUUGAUUCUCGCUUUGUUAAUAGGUGUUGCACUUAUACCCAUAGCUGUUGUUGUCUUUGCUGUUGGUAUAAAUCUUACUAAAUUUAGCUUUGGUGCCUUCCAUUAUAGGAAUAAUAGUAUUUUAUUAUGAUGAAAGAAAAAGACUAGAAUUUAGACAUCAAACUGCCUUAUCCAGACAUUUCCAAUAAAAUGCUUGA